AUGUACAUAUUCUGUGUUGUGGAAAUAGUUUUAUCCAUUUUUAAUUACCCUUUGACUUGCAGGUACGGCAUGAAUUGUCUGAUCCAGUUUGAAGAUUUUGCUAAUGCUAAUGCUUUUCGUCUCCUCAAUAAAUAUCGCAACAAAUACUGUACAUUUAAUGAUGAUAUUCAGGGCACUGCAUCUGUGGCAGUAGCUGGCAUCUUUGCAGCCUUACGGAUCACAAAGAACAAGCUCUCUGACCAUAAGUUUGUUUUCCAAGGGGCUGGAGAGGCUGCAAUGGGCAUAGCUCAUCUCAUCAUCAUGGCCAUGGAAAAGGAAGGAAUUUCACGAGAGGAUGCCAUCAGAAAAAUCUGGAUGGUGGACUCAAAGGGUCUGAUUGUCAAGGGGAGGAGCCACCUGAACCAUGAGAAAGAGAUGUUUGCUCAGGACCACCCCAGUGUGAACACGCUGGAGGAGGUUGUGCAGAAAGUGAAGCCUACAGCAAUUAUAGGUGUCGCAGCCAUUGCAGGAGCUUUCAGUGAGAAGAUUUUAAAGGACAUGGCAGCGUUCAAUGAGCGACCCAUCAUUUUUGCCCUGAGCAACCCCACAAGCAAAGCGGAGUGCACGGCGGAGCAGUGCUAUCGCCUCACCGAGGGCCGGGGAAUAUUUGCAAGUGGGAGUCCAUUCUCCAAGGUGACCCUGCCCAACGGCCAGACCUUCUUCCCUGGCCAGGGAAACAACGCCUACGUCUUCCCAGGAGUGGCACUGGGAGUCAUCGCUUGUGGGGUCCGGCACAUCCCUGAUGACAUCUUCCUCACCACAGCAGAGUCUAUCGCAGCUGAGGUCACAGAGCAGAACCUUGCAGAAGGAAGAUUAUAUCCCCCCUUGGAUAGCAUCAGAGAGGUGUCUUUCAAAAUCGCUGUGAAAGUUGUUGACUGGGCCUACAAACAUGACCUUGCUUCUUGGUACCCUGAGCCAGCAGACAAGGAAGCCUUUGUGAGACAGCACAUUUACAGUCCUGACUACGAUUCAUUUGUUAUUGACGAUUACAGGUGGCCUACCACAGCCAUGCAAAUGCAAGAUGUCUAAGCUUUUCAUGAGAACUAUUUUUUCCAUCAUUUCCAUCAGUUUCCAUCAUUGCUGACAUAAAUGCACCUCCUGGGCUGCAGAAUGAUAAA